CUGAACAAAUAGACGCAUGCUUUUGUAUUUUUUACGGCUAUAUUAAAUUAUAAAUAAUGUCUCGGUGGUGUCGUUGGUCAGAAUUGGACACAACCAAACUAGUAGAGCUAUACAAAUCCAACUCUUUAUUAUGGGAUGCAAGGCAUAAAUUUUACAGAAGCACAUCAGAAAGAAACCGUGCGUAUGAAAAGAUAUUAGAAGUAUUACAGAACCCGAAUAUAUCUGUAUCAGACAUAAAGAUUAAAAUAAAGAAUAUGCGGUCGACAUACCAUACUGAGCAUAGAAAAAUGCAUAAUUUUAAAAUUGAAGGGCAUGAUUAUAUCCCGAGCCAAAGCACGAAGAUUUGGUUUACGAAACUCAAAGAAAUUAUGGAGCAAGUCCAGAAGAACGAAGAGGAAGGAGUAGAAAUUGGAUCUGACAGCGACGACAACCAAGAGACUGUUAUAGAUUGCAUUGACGAGAAUGAAGCUGAUGAUGGUGAUGCAUAUGUAGUUUCUAUUAGACAAGAAUACCUAGAUGAAUUAGAAAAUAGGAACCAGAAAGCGAUGGCAGAUAAUUCUGAAGAGUUUAGCCAACCGCAAAAGAAGUUUGCAAGUACGAGAACAUAUUCGAAACCAGUACAAGAAUGUAAUAGAGGAAUGAAAUUCGAUGAAUUCCAAUUGUUUGCAAACAAUAUGGCGGAGCAACUUCGUACAUUACCAUUAGCCAAAGCUCUAGAGUUACAAGUAGAACUCCAAACCCUUAUCGCAAAGGAACGUAUAUAUUUGUACAAAAAGAACAAAGAAAAUAAUACGGAACGAAUUGAAUAAUUUUAGACUCCUUCAGUACUUAAAUGUUGGAUUAGUUAUAAUUUAAGUAAUAAAGUUAUUUCUUUUAUUU